GAGAGCAGCAGUAACAGCAUUAGGCACAGUGAGUGAAUUGGGAGCCCAGGAGCUGCACAGCUGCAAUCAAACACAAUGUGAGAGACAUGAGGCUGCACAGCCAGAGGAUCUAUGCAAGGAGAGGGCAGUUGCUGCUCAGUCUGUACUAGGCACAUUACUAGGACCAGUGGAUCUGCAGCCAGACAUGUGUGCUUUCCCCUGCUGCAUUGAUUCUUGAUCAUGGAGAUUGAAAACAUUGUGGCCAACACUGUCUUGCUGAAAGCCAGAGAAGGGGGUGGUGGCAAGCGAAACGGACGCAGUAAGAAAUGGAAGGAAAUGCUAAGGCUGCCGCACAUCAGCCAAUGUGAAGAACUUCGACAUACAGUUGAAAGAGACUACAGCAAUCUGUGUGAGAAACAGCCAAUAGGAAGACUACUUUUCAGGCAGUUUUGUGACACCAGGCCGGAGCUGAAAAGAUGCAUUGAGUUCCUGGAUGCUGUGGCAGAAUACGAGCUGGCUCCAGAUGAGAAGAGGAAAGACCAUGGCUUAAGGAUUUUGGACAUCUACUUCAACAAUGGGUCUGCAGCCCAUUUGCCGGAAAUACCUCAGGACACAGUACAGGAAUGUAAGGAGAAGCUGGAGCAAAGCCCCUGCAGAGAACUUUUCAAAGACUGCACUAGAGUUGUACAUGAUUACUUGAGUGGAAUUCCAUUUGGGGAUUUUCAAGACAGUAUGUACUUUUCACGAUUCCUACAGUGGAAAUGGCUGGAGAGACAACCAGUGACAAAGAACACAUUUCGGCAUUACAGGGUGCUUGGGAAAGGAGGAUUUGGGGAGGUGUGUGCUUGCCAAGUCCGGGCGACAGGCAAAAUGUACGCUUGCAAGAAGCUGGAAAAGAAAAGAAUAAAGAAGAGGAAAGGAGAAUCCAUGGCAUUAAAUGAGAAGCAGAUUUUAGAAAAAGUAAAUAGUCUAUUUGUAGUUAGUUUAGCAUACACGUAUGAAACGAAGGACGCCCUUUGCUUAGUACUGACCAUUAUGAACGGAGGGGAUCUGAAGUUUCACAUAUACAAUAUGGGCAACCCGGGCUUCGACGAGCAGAGGGCGGUGUUCUACGCUGCAGAGCUGAGCUGUGGGCUGGAAGAUCUGCAAAGGGAAAGAAUAGUUUACAGAGACUUAAAGCCUGAAAAUAUCCUGCUGGAUGACCGCGGACAUAUCAGGAUUUCAGAUCUGGGGCUAGCCGUGCAGAUUCCAGAAGGGGAAUCCAUCCGUGGGCGAGUUGGUACCGUGGGUUAUAUGGCCCCCGAAGUAAUCAACAACGAAAGCUACGCGUUCAGCCCCGACUGGUGGGGACUCGGCUGUUUAAUAUACGAAAUGAUUCAGGGCCAGUCACCCUUCAGGAAGCGGAAGGAAAAAGUAAAGCGGGAUGAGGUGGACCGGCGAGUGAGAGAGGAUGAGGAAGAAUAUUCGGAGAAAUUCUCAGAGGAUGCCAAGUCGAUAUGUAGGAUGUUACUAUCCAAAGACCCCAAGCAGAGGCUGGGCUGCACAGGCAAUGGGGCGAGUGAUGUGAAACAACACCCUAUAUUCAAGAAUAUCAACUUCAAGCGGCUGGAAGCAAACAUACUCGAGCCGCCCUUUGUACCUGAUCCACGCGCUGUAUAUUGCAAGGAUGUUCUGGACAUUGAGCAGUUUUCCACGGUGAAAGGGGUGAACUUGGAUACCACCGAUGACGAUUUCUAUUCCAAGUUUGUAACGGGAAGUGUCUCCAUCCCCUGGCAGCACGAGAUGAUUGAAACAGAGUGCUUUAAGGACAUUAAUGUUUAUGAGACGGAUGGCUGUUUGUCGCCAGACUUGGAUGUGAACAAACAGAACCUAAAACCAAAGAGAAGCUUCUUUCAUCGACUUUUCAGAAGAGGGGUCUGUUUUAAAUCUUCAUACAGUGACGAUGAAGAAGAGGCCUCAAAACCAUGAACCACUGUCCAGUAGCCAAAAAAAAAAAAAA